GCAUUUCUCCCACUUGAGCCAGGCAGGCUUUCAUCUUUUUGUUUUGUUUAAAUCAUCACACCUUUUCGAUCUCACAAUCAACACCCAACACCCAACACCCAGCACACAUUAACAAAAACCACUUCGCUUUUCAAGCACUCAAAGACAACACCAGCUCCCACUUUUUUACACACCGCUUAGCGAAGACAGCAAACCAACAUGGAGGGCCUUAAACAGUUUAAUAGUAAUUAUAACAGUAGUAUAAUGGGCCUGAACUUCCCCCUCGACAACUUUGCCUCGAGCCCAAUGCCCCGUGUUCAGCAGCCCAACAUCUUGGCUGUCUGCGUUGUUGAUGAGACCAGCAAGGGACCUCAGUGCUAUGUUUAUUCUACCUUGGAAGGCAGAGGCCAGUGGCGGCCCUGACAUCCCUAUUAAUGAUCGCGCGAUAAAGCUCACAGACCUCAGUGGCAGCAGGGUUUGUGAGCCGAGUCGCCAGGCCGGUGUCUCGGAGGAGCAGACGACUUUGUUUGUGAGAGAAAUGAAGCAGUUUUACCCCUCGGCCAACGAUGACGCCGUCCACUCCGUCCACAAUAGUCUGGAGAAGGAAGAGGAAGAGUUAAAGGAUGUGAAGAUUGAUGCAAAGCUGACGAUUACUUCAAGUGAUGCAAAGAUGAACACUUGGUUCGGGUUCGUUUCAGAGGGCGCCUUGUUCUUGCGGGGCGACGGAUGGGACGACAUGGACAUUCGGGAGAGCGUUGUUGCGGCCCUCGACCUUGCGGAGGAGCAACUCGGAUGCCAGUCAGUCCACCUCUGUCUGGAAAAGAGCAAUCCCAAUCUCGCGAAACUUGCGCGCACUUUGAUGUACGCUGGCUUCGAGAUGGUCCAUCCGGGUGCUCUUGCCCAUGCGGACCCCAAAUACCUUGUUCUGGGUAUGGAUCUUGGCGUGGAUCUUUAAAACGGCUCCAGCCUCAACAAUUUUGUUCCUUUUUUUUUUGGAACCGGCUUUUCACAUUUGUUUUAAUUCUUUCUUCGUAUGCUUGCUUCUUUUUUUCUUUCCCUUUGAUCUCUCCUCAUCCAGACAAGUUGACAAAAAAA